AUGCGAGCCCCGGCCCCGCUGGCGCUGGGUUGCGUCAGCUUCGCGCUGUGCCUGCUGGAGCUGCCCCACGGCCGGGCCCUGCCGGCCCGCAGGGUCCCCCCGGCGCGGAGCCCCCCGGAGCGGAUCCUUGCUCUCCCCAGAGACCCCCCAGCCCCGCAGCCCUUCGGGACCCCGCGACACCGAGCCCUGGUGGCCCGGCACGGAUCGUGGCUCGCCCCCCGGCACCGCCCGCUGGCCCCGCGGCUCCUCCCGUGGCACGUCCGGCGCCUGAUCCUGCGGCAGGACCCCCGGCGCGACCCCCGGCAGGACCCCCGGCACGACCCCCGCCCCCCCCGGGGCCGCCGGCACGCCGGGGCUCACCUGGUGCGGGUGGGCUGCGUGCUGGGCACCUGCCAGGUGCAGAACCUGAGCCACCGCCUGUGGCAGCUGCGGGGACAGCCGGGGCGCCGCGACUCGUCCCCCAUGAACCCCAACAGCCCCCACAGCUACGGCUGAGCGGGGGGCGCGGGACCCUCUGAAGCUCUGCCCGCUGGCCACCCCGGGGGGCUCCUGUGGCCACCAGCUCCGGAGGGAGCGCAGAGCCCCGGGGGCCAGCGCUGGCCGGUGAUGUCCCACAGGAGCUGGCGGUGGCCCGCAGUGACUGGAAGUGGCCCGCAGUGACUCUUGGUGGCUCAGAGUGGCCCCUGCUGGUGGCCCGUGGUGACCCGGGCUGGCCCGUGGUGGCCGGCAGUGGUCAGUGUGUCCGGGACGGGUCCAAGGGCCGCCGGGAUCCCGCUGACCGCAGCAGCGCCGGGACCUUGUGCAAGACCCUGCGGGCACGUUCCUGCUGAGUCAGCACUGCCCGGAGCCCCCCGGGCACCCCGGGGUGACACUGGGGCUGUGGGGGUGCAGGGACAGGGCACAGGGGACAGGGCAGCCCCCCGCACCUUGGGGGUCCCACCUGGGGGUCCCGGUUGGGGGUGGCCCCUUCCCGGUGCUGGGGGGGGGUCCUGCCCUCCUCAGCGUGAACAUUGUCCCCUCCCCUGGCACCUCGUCCUGUGUCACCCAAGGGGUUGGCCAUAGGGAGAUGUCCCCAAAUGUGGGGGGCAGUGGAAAGGUUGGGGUGCCCCACACCUGUCCCCACUCCUGGCCUUGUCCUGUCCAUCCCUGUCCCCUGCUGCCCCCUCGGGGACACCCCCACGUCGUGUCCCCGCACGGGGUGGUGGCCCAUGAGCACAGGGGGACACGUGUGACAUCGCUGUCACCCCGGAGUGCCGCUGUCACCCGCCAGGGCCGUCACCUCAGGGCGCGGUGGGACAGGGGUGUGUGACCCCAGGUCACUGUCGCACGUCCCCCACCCCAGGAGCAGCAGCCCCCGUUCCCACAGGAGCACCCCAAACACUUCAGGGCACCCCCAUUCCCAGGAACACCCAAUUCCCAGAGCCCCCAUUCCCCCCGGAGCACCCCAAUCCUCCCAGGAUCACCCCAGCCCCCAUUCCCCAGAGCACCUGGGUGUCCCGCGAUGUCCCCUGGGUGCCACACGGACCGAGCUGUCCCUUGGGUGCCCGUCCUCGGAGCUUUUCGGGACAGACAUGAAUGUCCCCUGACAGACAGAAUGUCCCCUGAGGGGGAGGGGAGGUCCUGGGAUGGGAUCCCGGGGAUGCCACCCGCAGCCGUGUCCACCCCAUGGGUGUCCCAGCCUUUGUCCCCUCCCCGAUGUCCUCACUGAGCCCGACCCAUCCCGCCCCAGGUCGCGGA